CCACCCGCCAGGUACGGGCUUCGCUGCUGCGGGAGGACGCGCCCACCGCCAGCCCGCGGAGCAAGCCGGGCGGCGCGCGCGGUUUCUCCGCGAAAGCCGGCCGUGUACCUAGGAAUUAACCGGCCGGCGUGCGAGGGAGGGAAGCGAGGAGGAGGGGGGUGGGGAUGCUGAGCGCGCGCGAGAACAAUAAUAAGAUCGUGUUUGCGGUCGCUGCCCGAGGAGGAAUUCGGAGGAGGCGCGAGGCCCGGCGCUCGCGCGGUGCCCGGCAGCUCGGCAGGGAGGUGGCGGCGGCUGCGGCGGCGGCGACAUGAGGCUGGAGAUGCGGCGCCUGUGAGCAGCGUACGGCGGGAGCAGCGGCGGCGGGACUUGGCGGCCGGACGCGAGUGAGCGAGCGCCCAGCGUCCCGCGCUCCCCUCCCCCGCUGCCGGGCGGGGAUCUGCGGGGCCUGAGGCGCCCCCCGCCCACCGCUCGUCUCAGCCGCUGCUGCGCCGCUUCCCCCCUCGUCGGAGCGGCCACCCGUGCGCCCGGCUCGUGGCCCACGGGGAGCGCGGCGAGGUCCGUCGGCCCGCCGGGGCACGGCCUCCCGGCAUCUUCGCGGCGACCAAGGACGAGCGGGAAGGGUAACGGCCGGGAUGGCGCGUCCGCGGCCCCGCGAGUACAAAGCGGGAGACCUGGUCUUCGCCAAGAUGAAGGGCUAUCCGCACUGGCCCGCCCGGAUUGAUGAACUCCCAGAGGGAGCUGUGAAGCCUCCAGCAAACAAGUAUCCUAUCUUCUUUUUUGGUACCCAUGAAACUGCAUUUCUAGGUCCCAAAGACCUCUUCCCAUAUAAGGAAUACAAAGACAAGUUUGGAAAGUCAAACAAACGGAAAGGAUUUAAUGAAGGCUUAUGGGAAAUUGAAAAUAACCCAGGAGUGAAAUUUACUGGGUACCAGACGAUUCAGCAGCAGAGCUCUUCAGAAACUGAGGGAGAAGGUGGAAAUACUGCAGAUGCAAGCAGUGAGGAAGAAGGUGAUAGAGUAGAAGAAGACGGAAAAGGCAAAAGAAAGAAUGAAAAAGGAGGCUCAAAACGGAAAAAGGCAUACACCUCAAAGAAAUCUUCUAAACAGUCCCGGAAAUCUCCAGGAGAUGAAGAUGAUAAAGACUGCAAAGAAGAGGAAAACAAAAGCAGCUCUGAGGGUGGAGAUGCUGGCAAUGACACAAGAAACACGACUUCAGAUCUGCAGAAAACUAGUGAAGGGACCUAACUACCGUAAUGAAUGCUGCACAUUGAGAGAAACCACAAGAAGGUUAAAUGUUUGAUUUUCUGAAUUCUUGAAUUUGAUAUGAACCAACACAUAGUCUUUGUUGUCAUGACAGAACCCCAGUUUGUGUGCACAUUAUUCACAUUCCUCUUUGUUCUUUUUUUGGAGGGGGGAGACAUUUUAACCUUUUUUAAGGUUAUUGAUUUAAGUUCAUGUUAUUUGGUUGCAUGAAGUUGUCCUUAACCACUAAGAAUUAUCAAGAUUUUGCACAGAAUUCUCCGUUCUAGGAUCAUUUACCAAGGCAGUUCUGGCCAUCAUCUUCCUGCCUUUACCGCACCAUUAUCAAAUACUCAGUUAAGUAGUAAUUCACAUUCUUUUAGAUGACCGUGCAACACAAUGCUUAAGAAUGGAAUUUGCUCUCUAGCAGAACCCAAGAACCAAUUCCUAGAUACAUACUAUUGGUAUAUUAAAGAUGAAAUUAAAAUUGUCUUUCAGUUUUGAGGCCAUCUGUAAAAUUUAACCAUAUUGUACAGUAUCUAUUCUGUAUUAGAAAUAGCUAGUUGACAACUUACACUUCUUAAAACUCAUGUUGUUAUGUACACAAACUGAGUUCAUAUAUGUGAAGUUAGUGAGUCUUUUGUGUUAUACCAAAAUAAAGGCAAAGAUUUAUUUUUUCUCAAUGCCAAUAUGAUUUGAGCUAAUCACUCAAGAUGAUCACUUUACACUCAAAGCUGAGAUCAGCAGCAGCCCCAUGGGAAACCAGGCAAAGCAUUGACUGUAACCGUAGACUUUUAAAAUAAACUUUUCUUUUUGUUUUGGAACUAGUGUUAGAAUAGCUAAUAUUCAUCUGCAAACCAUUACUAUGUAUACAUUAUUGUUGCUAUUGUGAUAAUAGAGAAUUUUAUUUAUUUUUAUGCCAGCUUAUAUUGUGAAAACACGUUUAGUCAAUUUGGGUUUUAUCAAUCCUGUUAUGCUUGUCCUUCAAACAUCUUUCACGUAUACGAGGUUUGUAGUUGAAAAGUUUACUGUAAAAAAAAAAAUCAAAAACAACAACAAAAAAAGUAUUGUUUUUACAGAAUAAAUUUUUUGGGAUGUGUACUGGGAGUAAGGUUUGAAGUUGUCAUCAGCUAAGUUAGUGUAAUUUGACUUCAUAUAUGUAAUGUGAAGUAUUAAUGUAAUUCAUAUAUUCAAA